AUGCCAGCUGCCGAACACCCGAAUGCGAAAGAAACAUAUGCGAUGAUAGGCCGUGAUGGGCGCGCCGAGAACCCCGAGUCGCGGCAACAAGUCGACCCACUUCGGUGGCGGAAGCUCUCCGCCACCCCUCCGCAUCAUCUCCAAUCCACCGAAGAACAAUUACUCUACCAGAACAACGACCACCACCUUCCCGUAAAACGAAUCCAUAUGCGCUUCCCUUCCUUCCCCACAUUCCUCCGCGCCUUCCACACGGUCACCAACACAACAAGCGCUUUUAUCCGAUCGAGUCCUGCUAGUACGCUCGGUCGCACUAUCUACAACACGCCACAGCGCGCUGUCAUAUACCGUUCGAUGCCAAAUAUCCCCUUCUUGGGUGCUCUUUUCGGAUCUUCUAGCAGUAUGGCGGACAACACAAACUACCCAGUCCAGAAGCCCGAGGGCGAGUGGCAGGCACAGCUAUCGCCAGAACAAUUCCGCAUCCUCCGCAAGAAAGGCACCGAAAUGCCCGGCUCCAGCAAAUUCGACAAGCACUACCCCGAUGCCGGCGUCUACAAGUGCACCGGUUGCGAAGCGCCCCUCUACAAGGCAAACCACAAGUUCGACUCUGGCUGCGGGUGGCCCGCGUUUUGGGAUGCCGUACCUGGCGCUGUCGGACAGAAGCCUGACCCCGGUCUUGGCAUGAUGAGGACGGAGAUUGUCUGCAAUAACUGUGGGGGUCACUUGGGACAUAUCUUCAAGGGCGAGAGGUUUGGUAACCCCAAGGAUGAGAGACACUGUGUGAACGGUGUGUCGAUUAACUUCAGUCCUGACGAUAAGAACUGA